GUGGGAUUUUAAGUGACCGGUUCGGUGAUAUGACCGGCUCGGUGAUAGAGUACGUUACAUACUAUGUUGUAUAGAAAAGUUGCAGUGCUAAGAAAAAGUGUCUAGCUUGGUGGUGUGUCUGGCUCGGUGGUGCUUUACGUUAUUGAAAGGAGAUGGACACACCUGAAGCAAAUCAUUGCUCCACAUCUGGACACCGUGCCGGACCCCUAAUUGCGACUUCGCUGUUGGCAGGCCAAAUCAGCGACACGCUCAUGUUUCGACAUCCUGAGGCUUCACGCACGUCUCCAGACCUCUACCGCCUACCAUGGGAAAGUCGUAUAUUUCGCAUCGCACAGCGUAUGCAGAUCGGCUGCCAACUGGCAAGGCAACGGGCCGCUGCUCGCUUCGUAAAGUAGCCGUUGUAGUGGCACCUCAUCUGAACCUGUGCAAUCCUUGCAUGAAGGACGAUAUCAGCGAUAUCGAUGUGUCCUUUUGGCAUCGCAUUCCAAUGCAGCGAGUCAGCAGUCUUGCACGUCAUUGGAGAAUGCUGGCGAGGACGAUCCUACGAACAUUGGUCGCAAUGAUGGCUCAACAAUGGACAGGUAUACCAUUGCACAAUCAUGUACACCAGAACAAAGAAUUGCGCUCAGCUUCCCCGAGUCACCUCAUCUGUUCUUUCUGUCGUCCUCCCACAAUUCGAUCGAGCGCUUACUUACCUAUCAUCGCCACCCCCGCGCGUCGCCAAACAUCGUGGUCGCACAUGCACAGCGAACGUUCAGACCGAGUUGCGACUACGUGGCAAUGCAGACCGUUUGAAAUCGCUGCUCGUAGCCGUUGAGCGACACGUUGUACCUUUCCAGCAACCCGGUCAUGCCGACCUGCAGAUCGCGUUCUCCACGAGGGCCAGCACAUACCCAAAGGAUCCGUGCGAGUUAUCACCGCAGAUCACGACACCUAAGAGAAUACCGUGA